AUGAUAAAAUCAAAACUUCUGGCAGCACAAAGACAAGCUCAUCAUCAUUCCGUUGCUUCAACCAAUUUUUUAUUUCAUCUCGCUCCAUUACGAUUUUCUUCCAUUCAUUCCUCAUGGAGAAAACAGUACUCUUGCUAUCAUCAAUUAUGCUAUUUAUUUUCGGAACAACAACGAGAAUUUCAUCAUCAUGGUGUCUCCAAAAUGGCCGCUGCAGGAACCAUUUCUGUUGACCCUAACAAAUUUAAACUUAUUGAAUCUGUUUUUAAUCAGUUAGUGAAUGUGGAUAUUGUUCAAUUGUUUGAUAGGGUCUCUAAAUAUCGAGAAGAAUCAACAAGAAUAGCAAUGGAAAGAAUCCAGAACAGAUUUUCGGGAAAAGAAAAUAAUUCCUCAGAGGUGAAAAUUGACCCACUUCCACAAGAUGUGAAAGCAAGAAUAUUGAAAAGCUUGGAAAUUUUAGUUUCACUCCCAACUCCAGAAGAACCAUCAGAAACCAACCAAAGAAUUAAAUAUUUCAAGAGUCAAGCUCUGAAAGCAUUCGGAGUCAUCUACUCGGAAUUUUAUCCAUGGUUUGGAAUCGAUAGAGAUGCACAUUUGGGAUUUUAUUACAUGACUGCUGCUGCCAAGUUGGACGAUGCAGAAGCAUGUUAUCACGUUGGCACAUGUUUCAUAAAUGCACUGAACUACCUGGCUGGAGAAGAAUUAGAGCCUGAAAAGUAUAAUUUUAUCAAAUCAUCCAGUUUUCUCUUUGGUUCUGAGUAUGAUAAGGAUACCAAUACAUUCAUUUUUUUAGAUGAAAAAGCAAGAAAGAAGAAAAAACUACAAUUAGAAGGAAAAGAACAUAUUCUCAAGCCAAAGCUCUCAUCUGAAGAAUAUUUAAAAUAUCCAGGAAUAACUCAAGAUUUACUUUAUAUUAAGCUUAAAGAGAACGAAAAACUUGCAGUGGAAUAUUUGAAGAAGGCAGCAGAUUUGGGAGAUAUGGAAUCUCAAGUUAUCAUGGCAAAAUUUUAUUUGGAAGGUAAAGCUGGAUUAGCAACCAAUUUGAAACUAUCAAUGCAUUAUGGAGAAAUGGCUUCUAAACAAAAUAGCCCUCAUGCUUUGUUUAAUAUUGCUAGUAUUUAUUUAUUGGGAGCGAAGUCACAAGUUGCAAAACCAGGCUUUGAAGAAUUAACUGCUUAUCAGUUACAUCAUACUCCGAACGCUACUGAAACAUUUGAAGUUAAAAAAGAUGUAAAUAAGGCAAUGGAAUAUUACACAAAAGCAGCCUCAUUGGGCUUACCAGAAGCAGCCUAUAUGGUAGGUCAUGCCUAUCAUCAUGGUCUCUACAACUUGACACAAAAUACUGAAAAAGCAGUUCAAUUCCUCAACCAAGCUGUUAACAACUCACAUGCAGAAGCUGCUUAUUAUUUGUAUCUGAUGUAUGCCACAGGAGAAAACUGCGAAAAAGAUACCAAAAAAGCCGAACAAUACUUCACUACCGCUAUCAAGUUACAUAGCCCUAAUGCUCUUUAUGAGCUUGGUGACAGGUAUUUCCAUGGAAAGAAUGGAUGUUCAGUUGAUUAUGCAAAAGCAUUUGAAUUCUUUACCAGGGCUGGAGAACUCAAGAACAAGAACGCGUUAUAUUGUCUUGGAGUCAUGUAUUAUCAUGGUAUUCAUGUUAAAAAGAGUCUAAAAACAGCUUUUGAAAGAUAUUCACAAGCAGUUCAAACAGGCUCCAAAGAAGCAUGUCUUGCUCUCUCCGAUAUGGUGAGUAAGGGUGAAGGAGGAGUGCCACGAGACGAACACUAUGCCAAGCAGCUGAAAAAGAUGUACGAUCAAAUGGUUGCAAGCGAGGAAGGAAGAUCUUUGGACAACCAGCAUCAAGACAGUGAUUCUGAAGUCGAUAUUAGGUCAGCCAGUAAUCAUUCAGGUGGUUGUGGUAAAUCCUCGUGUCAAUGUGCUGCACAACCAGAAGAAAAGACCACAAUUACAGCUUAA